GCAGAGGUGGUUGAGCAAAGAGGAGGGUGAAUGAUAUAGUUUAGUAGAAGAAAGUGAAAAUUGAAAUGGCUUCAUCUAUGCUUUCAACAGCAGCUGUGGCUUGCAUUAACAGGGCUAGCCCUGCUCAGGCUAGCAUGGUGGCUCCGUUCACCGGCCUUAAGUCCACAUCCGCCUUCCCAACCACCCGCAAAACCACCACUGAUAUCACCUCCAUCGCCAGCAACGGUGGCAGGGUCCAAUGCAUGCAGGUAUGGCCACCACGUGGGAAGAAGUUCUACGAGACUCUCUCAUACCUUCCACCCCUUACAAGGGAGCAAUUGGCCAAGGAAGUUGAAUACCUUCUUCGCAAGGGAUGGGUUCCUUGCUUGGAAUUCGAGUUGGAGCAUGGAACCGUGUACCGUGAGUACCACAGAUCACCAGGGUACUAUGAUGGUCGUUACUGGACCAUGUGGAAGCUGCCCAUGUUUGGUUGCACAGAUGCAGUGCAGGUGUUGCAGGAGCUUGAUGAGAUGAUUAAAGCUUACCCAGAUUGCUAUGGUAGGAUCAUUGGUUUCGACAAUGUUCGCCAAGUCCAGUGCAUUAGUUUCCUUGCCUACAAGCCUAAAGGCGCUGAAUAAAUCUAUUGAUUUCUCUCUUUCCUCUUUUUUUUCCUUUUGGCAAUGCAAUUUGUUCAAUGAGGAUGUUUUUGAAAUAAUUUUCGUUUUCUUGGUUUAGUUUGUAUCUUUUUCUCCUUUCUCAUCGGAGUUUCUCCGACUGAAAUGGGAUGGAAGAUGCAAGGGUCAAUUUUAUAACUAUUGAACAUUUUCUUGGUAUCAAAUGUGAAACUAUGUCGUUUUAAAUUA